UCACUCACUCACUUCUCCUGUACUCACUAACAGAGCUCUCAAAGACAGUUUGGAUGUGGGCACUUCGCCGUGCUUCUGCUUCCAUCAGGAAGCAAGGAUUGAACACAGGCAGUAUUAGAAUUUGCUUUGCUACAUCAGAGCUAUCAAAUCGUUGCUUUGAAGAAUUUGACACUGGAAUUAAUACGAUUACUCCAGUGGUAUCUGAUAGAUGUCUAUCUGUAAAUAGAUUUUAUAGAAUGGGUCAUAGUGCCCCAAUGUCAUUCAAGGGAAGUUGCGGUUUCUCUUCACAAGCAGCUGGCACAAGAAGCAGUGGAGAGGAAGAUGACAAGUUGGAUGGAAUUCCUGAGCUUGAAUCUCCUACCGCUUCUGGUUCAAUUCAAGAUGGGAAUGCAAACAAUGAUAAUGGGUUAGUAUCUGAACCAGAACACAUUGAUGAGGAUUCUGAUGAUGAAGGUGCAGAAGGAUCACAGAGUGAACUGGGUGACACCAUGACUCGUAUCAGCCAGAAAAGGCCACCAUAUUCAGAAAUAGUCAAGGCUAUUUUUGCUGCAUUGCCACUAUCUGUUAGUAGUGUCAUGGAUAAAUGGGUUGAAGAAGGAAAAGAGUUGACCCGAGCAGACAUAAAAAUGGCCAUGCUUGGACUUCGUAAGAUGCGUAUGUAUGUGGUAGCCUUGAAGCUGUCUGAGUGGUUGAAGUCAUCGAAGCAUAUUGAUUUCACAGAUAGGGAUUAUGCUUCUCAAGUUGAUUUAAUUGCUAAAGUCUAUGGUCUACGAAAUGCAGAAGCUCUUGUACAGAAACUUCCAAAAUCUUUUAGAAGUGAAGUUGUUUAUCGAACUCUGUUGGCAAAUUGUGUUUCUGUAUUUGAUGUGAAUAAAUCAGAAGAGGUGUUUAAGAAAAUGAAGGACCUCAAGCUCCCAAUUUCAUGCUUUACUUGCAACCAGCUGCUCCUUCUAUAUAAGAGGACAGACAAAAAGAAGAUUGCUGAUGUUCUUUUACUAAUGGAAAAAGAAAAUGUGAAACCAAAUCGAUCUACGUACAAAAUUUUAAUGGAUGCUAAGGGAGAAUCUAGUGACAUAACUGGAAUGGAACAAGUGUUUGAGACAAUGAAGGCUGAAGGAAUAAAGCCUGAUAUCCGUACAAAAGGCUCCUUGGCCAGACACUACAUCUCCGGUGGCCUCCAAGAAAAAGCUGAGGCUGUACUGAAGGAGAUGGAAACAGACGAUGUGGCUGGAAAUUCUUUGGCUUACACAAUUUUGCUUCCAUUGUAUGCUGCCAUUGGGAAGGCUGAUGAAGUCAGAAGAAUCUGGCAACUUUGUGAAUCUAAUCCACGGUUAAGUCAUUACGAAGCUGCAAUUGAAGCCUGGGGAAAGUUGAAAAAGGUUGACGAGGCAGAAGCAGUGUUUGAUAUGAUGCUAAAUAAAUACCAAAAUCUCUCCUCAAAGAGAUAUUCUGCUUUGUUAAAUGUUUAUGCAAAUAAUAACAUGUUGGGCAAAGGUAUGGAGCUUGUGAAGCAGAUGACAGAAAAUGGCUGCCACAUAGGGCCACUAACCUGGGACUCAAUUAUAAGGCUUUAUAUUCAAGCUGGAGAAGUGGAAAAAGCUGAAUCCGUAUUGAAUAAGGCUGCAAAGCAUGCACGUGUAAAGCCAAUGUUUAGAUCAUACAUUGUUAUCAUGGAUCAAUAUGCUAAAAGCGGUGACAUACAUAAUACGGAGAAGGUAUUCCACUGGAUGAGACAGGCAGGAUUCGCAUCCCUGUUUCGGUUGUACCAAGCUCUUAUUCGGGCCUAUAUGAAUGCAAAGGCUCCUGCUUAUGGAAUGAAUGAGCGAAUGAAGGCUGAUAAAGUAUUCCCAAAUAAAGAAUUGGCUGCCAUGUUGUCUCAGGUUGAUCCAUUCAGAAAGACAGCAGUAUCAGAGAUACUGGAGUAAAUUGAAGUAAUGGUAUAUUGGUCCAUAAUCACUAGCAUGGCAAUGGUUUCAGAUACUUUAUUUUCUCUUUAUUAACUACUUGGGAUUGAGCAAAACUGUGUGUGUGUGUGUGUGUUCUAUUUUAAUAACCAAGUUUUGAUGUGCAAUGCUUAAAUUAGUCUAGUUUAUAUUGCAGAGACAGAAUUUAAUUUAAUAUAACUAUACUAUUGUGCUGAA